AUGGUAUUUUUCUGUAGAGAAGAACAGAGAGACUGGCGACUAGUGCUUUCGGUUCUGCUUCUCCUAUUCUGGGAGGCCGAGAGCGGCCAGGUCCACUACUCGGUCCCGGAGGAGGCCAAACACGGCACCUUUGUGGGCCGCAUCGCCCAGGACCUGGGGCUGGAGCUGGCGGAGCUGGUGCCGCGCCUGUUCCGGGUGGCGUCCAAAGGCGGCGGGGACCUUCUGGAGGUAAACCUGCAGAAUGGCAUUUUGUUUGUGAAUUCUCGCAUCGACCGGGAGGAGCUGUGCGGGCGGAGCGCGGAGUGCAGCAUCCACCUGGAGGUGAUCGUGGACAGGCCGCUGCAGGUGUUCCUUGUAGAGGUAGAGGUGAAAGACAUUAACGAUAACCCGCCGGUUUUUCCAAUGACAGUAAAAAAUUUGUUUAUUUAUGAAUCCCGGCCGCCUGGUUCUCGGAUUCCGCUAGAGGGAGCAUCAGAUGCAGAUAUCGGAGCUAAUUCGCUGUUGACCUACAGUCUUAAUUCCAGUGAAUAUUUUACCUUGGAUGUUAAAAGAAAUGAUGUGGAAAUUAAAUCCCUUGGACUUGUGCUGAAAAAACUUUUAGAUCGAGAGGACACUCCUGAGCAUCACUUAAUUAUAACAGCAGUUGAUGGUGGGAAACCAGAGCUCACUGGUACUACUCAACUGAAGAUCACCGUUCUAGAUGUAAACGACAAUGCCCCAGAGUUCGAGAGCACGAUCUACAAAGUCAGAUUAUUUGAAAAUGCACCAAACGGUACCCUAGUAGUGAUUGUUAACGCCUCUGAUUUGGAUGAAGGAAUAAAUAAGGACAUUGUGUAUUCUUUCAAUACAGACACGUCAGCAGAUACUCUGUCGAAAUUCCACUUAGACCCUGUUAAUGGAAACAUCAUUGUAAAGGGUAACAUAGAUUACGAGUUAAUUAGGUUAUAUGAAAUCCAGGUAGAAGCAACAGAUAAAGGAAAUCCCCCAAUGGCAGAUCACUGCAUAGUUCUAGUGGAAAUUUUGGACACCAAUGAUAAUGUACCUGAGUUGGUUAUCAAAUCACUCUCUUUACCUGUAUUAGAAGAUGCUCCACUCGGCACGGUCAUUGCCCUGAUCAGCGUGUCUGACCGCGAUUCCGGUGCCAACGGCCAGGUGACCUGCACUCUGACUCAUCAUGUGCCCUUCAGGCUGGUAUCCACCUUCAAAAAUUACUAUUCAUUGGUUCUGGACAGUGCCCUGGAUCGAGAGAGCGUAGCGAACUAUGAGGUGGUGGUGACGGCGAAGGAUGGGGGCUCUCCCUCGCUGUCAGCCACAACCAGGGUGUCCGUGGAGGUGGCCGACGUGAACGAUAACGCGCCCGCGUUCGCGCAGCCCGAGGUCACGGUGUUCGUGAAGGAGAACAACCCGCCCGGCUGCCACAUCUUCACGGUGUCGGCGCGGGACGCGGACGCGCACGAGAACGCGCUGGUGUCCUACUCGCUGGUGGAGCGGCGGGUGGGCGAGCGAGCGCUGUCGAGCUACGUGUCGGUGCACGCGGAGAGCGGCAAGGUGUACGCGCUGCAGCCGCUGGACCACGAGGAGCUGGAGCUGCUGCAGUUCCAGGUGAGCGCGCGCGACGCGGGCGUGCCGCCUCUGGGCAGCAACGUGACGCUGCAAGUGUUCGUGCUGGACGAGAACGACAACGCGCCCGCGCUGCUGCCUCCAGGGCCGGGCGGCGCGGCGGGCGCGCUGAGCCAGCUGGUGGCGCGGUCUGUGGGCGCGGGCCACGUGGUGGCGAAGGUGCGCGCGGUGGACGCGGACUCGGGCUACAACGCGUGGCUGUCGUACGAGCUGCAGCCGGCGGCGGGGGGCGCGCGCAGCCCGUUCCGCGUGGGGCUGUACACGGGCGAGAUCAGCACGACGCGCGCCCUGGACGAGGCGGACGCGCCGCGCCAGCGCCUGCUGGUGCUGGUGAAGGACCACGGCGAGCCGGCGCUGACGGCCACGGCCACCGUGCUGCUGUCGCUGGAGGACAGCGGCCAGGCGCCCAAGGCCUCCUCGCGGGCUUCGACGGGCGCCGCUGGCGCGGAGACGGCGUUCGUGGAUGUGAACGUGUACCUGAUCAUCGCCAUCUGCGCGGUGUCCAGCCUGUUGGUGCUCACGCUGCUGCUGUACACGGCGCUGCGGUGCUCGGCGCCGCCCAGCGAGGGCGCGUGCGGGCCCGGGAAGCCCAGGCUGGUGUGCUCCAGCGCGGUGGGGAGCUUGUCUUAUUCUCAGCAGAGGCGGCAGAGGGUGUGCUCUGGGGAGGUGCCACCCAAGACUGACCUCAUGGCCUUUAGCCCCAUUGUACCUGACUCAGGGGACAGAGAGGAUCUGCAGCCAGAAACUGGGGAUUCUCUUUCAAAGGUUAGUUUAUAA